CUCUUCUAGGUAUCCUUGUUGCUUCUUUUAGGUCAGUUCCUCGCUCUCUUUAGGGUCCUUUCUUCUAUAUAUGCAGGCCAGGGUAGCUAGCUCGGCCUUAGAUGACUGUCCUAUCUUUAGAAAAGAGAUAAACCAGUUUAAGAGAAAAAGAGAGAGACUCUAAUUUGAAAGGCUUUGAAAACAAAAAUCUAGCUCAUCAGUAGAGAAAAAAAGAGUGAUUAUGGGUAGAACACCUUGCUGCAAUAAGCUUGGAGUGAAGAAAGGCCCAUGGACUCCUGAAGAAGACAUCACAUUGGUAUCACACAUUCAAGAACAUGGUCCUGGGAAUUGGAGAGCUGUGCCCACUAAGACAGGGUUGCUUAGAUGCAGUAAGAGUUGCAGGCUUAGAUGGACUAAUUACCUGAGGCCAGGGAUCAAACGUGGUAAUUUUACUGAUCAUGAGGAGAAGAUGAUAAUCCACCUCCAAGCCCUUUUAGGCAACAGAUGGGCAGCCAUAGCUUCAUACCUUCCACAGAGAACGGAUAAUGAUAUUAAAAACUAUUGGAAUACCCAUUUGAAGAAGAAGCUCAAAAAGCUCCAAACUACAGGUCAUGAAGGUCACUCUAAGGAUGAUUUAUUAUCAUCAACAAUUUCACAGCCAAUCUCCAGAGGUCAAUGGGAAAGAAAGCUUCAAACUGAUAUCCACACAGCCAAGCAAGCUCUAUAUGAGGCAUUAUUUCCAGAGAAACAAAGCAACUUAUUAACUGAGUUAAAACACUCUGGUGGAGAUCAUUCUUGUGCAAAACCAUCAUCAACUUACGCAUCAAGCACUGAAAACAUAGCUAAGUUGCUUAAAGGGUGGUUGAGAAAUGCACCUAAGCAAGCCCAAACCAACUCAUCAUCAGCAACUAAUCGGAAUUCUUUCAACAACAUAGCUGCGACUGAUUCUAUAUGUAGUGAAGGGACUCCAAGUACAGCUGACAAAAACGGGAUUGAAUUAGAAGAAGCAUUUGAAUCACACUUUGGUUUUGAUAAGUCCUUUGAUUCUUCAAAUUCAGAUUUUUCUCAGACCAUGUCACCUGAUGAGGCUAGUCUUUUCCAAGAUGAAAGCAAACCAAAUUUUAGUGCUCAAAUGCCACCACUCUCAUUGGUUGAGAAGUGGCUUUUCGAUGAAGGAGCUACUCAAGGGAAGGACUAUCUUGGUGAAGCCACACGAGAUGAAAAUAAUCUUUUCUAUGGGACUAGCUUUUGGGAGACUCUUUAAUUCGAUUUAAUUAGGCUAAUUAUUAUGCUGCUAAUUUUAUUUAUUUAUUUAUUUUCUGAAGGGGUUCUUAAUUUGUUUUUGGGUAUUUUGAAAGCCUUUUGGUAGUGAUUUUUAUUGUGCUCUAGGUCUUUACAAUGAUACAAUUUCAGUGGCCUUAGCAGUGGAUGGUUCCCACCCCUUUAAGGAGUGCUAGAACACAGAAAGUGUAAAUCCCAAUUUAUUAUAUGUGAUAUGCUUUCGACUGAGAAUAAAUUGUUCUGUUGAUUUA